AAAGUACUAGCAUUAAUUAGAAAAUUAAUUAAGGAAGCGUAAAAUAAAAAGAAACACCACUUCUACACUCCGUGCAAUCAGCAAUUUUAUCGGUGGAUUCUCCGCCGCCGCUAAACCCCAAAUGCCGGCCACUCCAAAGUCUAUUCUCUUCAUUUCCUUCCUCUUACUCUCAUCUACUCUCUCUCACUCCUUCUUCUCCAACUAUUACACCCUAUGUUCCCUCUCUCACUCCCUUAUCUCCCGCGUCGCCGCCCUUCGAGCUGCCCGCGGCGAUAUCGAGGGCGCGGCGCGGGCUCGGGCUUUAGCCCGUAACUUUGAGCGCGGUUUGGGCCUGGGAUUCUACAAGUAUGCUUGGAAUGUGGGAUGGGAUUUUAUGAAGAAUUACGCGUGGAACGACGCGACUUCGUUCCGAAACUUGGGGGGCGCAGUAUCUGAUUUGAACGAGUUGUUAUCUGUUUUGGGAUAAUUGAGUCAGCUUCGCUCCGACGCGGAGAGGAUGGCCUGGGCUGGUCGAAGUUACAAAAACGCCCUUAGGGUUUUGAAGUCGCUCUUCGCUCGACUGCUCGAAGUUUUCCGUCGAUCUGGACCGUUACGGGAUAUAGUGCUGAGCCUUCAGAAAGAAGUGGUGGAGGGUGAUCUGCUUAGGGACUGCGUUGAAUUAGGAGCUGGUGACCUUAAGGGUUUAGUGCAAAUUGUCAAGGACAUUACUCGCCAAUAUUUUCCUGCUGCUGCUUCGAGGAGUGAACUGUAAAAGAUGCUUCAUGGGUGACUGUUUUUUGGAAGUAGGAAGCUGCCAUGCUUGAUCGCGAUAAAUAGCCUCAUAUGUUUGCUAACAAUGGAUUUUAGAGUCUUCUGGAUGUCUGGUGGAGAAGAAAAUUCAGUUUCUUGUCGUUGCUUUUGAAGAACGAUUUGACUAGUGAAGGAAAUGCAAUGUUUUCCCCUUGAUCAUUGUAAGACCUUCUGGUUUUUGCCUGUCCAGAAUAGAGGGUGGCCGGAUCACAACUUUUGCCAAAUUGAAGUAUGUAUCUUUGAACUAAUCACAUGUAACCUUGUAUGAUGUUUUUAUGAUGUACUUCGUUGGCUAAUAUAAAAUAUAUAGUUAAGUUGUCUCA